AUGUUGGCUGACCACCUCAUCGGCUCAGUCUUAGCCUUCACAGUCGAGUACUUCCGCAAUAAAGAGGGUCGCCGCAGUGAUCGGCUGGGUAUGACCUGGAGGGACUUGAAGCUGAUGACUCCUUUAGCGGUCCUCUACUCGGUUAGUGAUCUCUCUACAAUGCAGGCUAUCGACUACGGCAAUAGUCCUACUAUGACAGUAGUCGCUCAAACUCGACUACUCUUGGUAGCUGUCCUCUCCUACUACUGUCUUGGUCAUACUAUGAGCGAUCUGCAUUCUCUGAUGGGUGUUGUUAUUUGUGCACUAGCGUUCACACUGACAGAGGAGCAUGUUAUCGCCCCUAGUGCUAUCCCCUGGAGCGUAUCCAAGGCCUUGCUGUCGUCCGUGUGUUCGGUAUACCUAGAAUGGCUCAUGAAAGGGGACAGUAGAGGCUUCCUAGCUACAGCGGCUCGCUUUAAACUCAUUAGUUUCGUCCUUACCCUCUCUGGUUUACUCCUCAUACAUGGUCCCCAUAACGUACUCGGCUUUAAACCAAUAUGCGGGUCGUUGCAAAUACCGGUUGCCUGUGACCAUGGUCGUACUUGCGAAUGUCUAUAUGAUGUUGGUAUGAACCUCCAGUCUUGGAUAGCCUUCAUCGUUAUAGUGCUAAAUGGUUGGAUCACGGCUUACGUCCUCAAGAGCGUCUCAGCUACUGCCAAGUAUGUUUGUAGUGCUCUUGCGGCUCCCAUACUCUACGUUUUGUCGUGGUUGGCUGGUCGGAGAGAAUUCCAACCGGUGCCGUUCCUUUUAGUAUGCUUGUUGGUCCUGCAGGUCUCGGUUUACUCUCGUAAUAAGACUAAGCGCGGCCGUAGUGAGCUCACCAAGGUGGUAUCAACAGGCGAUUUUGGCGAGUGGCUUCAGGGCUAUCGAGUAGUUGACGUACCACCGAGCCAGAUCUACACGAGAGGGGAGAGCGUAUGA